UCUCGCGCGGGGCUCAGGCCGAUGUCCCAGGGGAGAAGGCAGCUCCCCAGCCGCUCGGCAGACGCGCGCCAUGGGGAGCCCCAGGGGGAGCCGGCGCCCUGCCCAGCCCCCGGCACAGGUCAGGAUGCAAACACGAGCCCUUCCGCCAUGCCGAAUUCAGCGGUAGCACCACCUACUCCACGGUGUUCUAUCCCUUCUCAAAGUCAGUCCACAGCUGUGGAGGAAGACAAGCCAUCACAAGAACAUUCAGUCUCUCAUCGAUCCUUGGUGAAUGGAAAAGCACCUUCCAAGGAAAAAUCAGAGGGUGACUUUUCUGUAGCUGCAGAAGCCGUUACACGCCAGCCCCAGAGCCGAGUAACUGUCCAGACGCAUUCGACUACAGCUUAUACCCCUCUUCUGCAAAAUGGUGCUGGGUGUGUGCCAGACCUGGGCAGUUCUAACGGCGAGGCCGGGAAUGGUGUCCUGUGUUCUGAACUCAGCUCAUUGUCAAGCUCACAGAAGCCUCAUCGGAAGCUCCAGUCACAUCACUCCAUCAACAGCCAGAUCAGUAAAAAGAGCAAAGGCAGCUCCAAAUCUGCAUCAUCUCAAAUCCCCACCGAAGCACAGGAAGAUUGCUGUGUCCACUGCAUCCUCUCCUGCCUCUUCUGUGAGUUCCUGACACUCUGCAACAUCAUGCUGGACUGUGCCACUUGCGGCUCCUGCAGCUCUGAAGAUUCUUGCAUCUGCUGCUGCUGCUGCGGCUCUGGGGAAUGCGCUGACUGCGACCUGCCCUGUGACAUGGACUGUGGCAUCAUUGAUGCAUGCUGUGAGUCAGCUGACUGCCUGGAGAUCUGCAUGGAGUGCUGUGGUCUGUGCUUCUCUUCCUGAAACCUGGACCCAGAUCUCGUUCCUUGGAUAGGAGCUCUAAGAGGGAGGCCCCGG